UGAUGAUGUUGAGGACGACAGGAUGAUUGCUGUUGUACUUUCAGAAGAAUAUGCUAAAUUAGAUGGUGCAGUUACUAGACGCCUUUCUAACCCUGCACUUAUUCCUAAAUUUCAGCGUGUUCCAUGGAUAAAUUCUUACAUUUCGGAUGUAAGUGAGGCCGGCUUGGAUCACCAACGGCUGCUCCACAGGUUGCAUGUUUAUGGCUUGUGUGAAGUGAAGGUCUCAGGGGAUGGAAAUUGUCAGUUCCGUGCACUUUCGGAUCAAAUGUACAAGUCUCCUGAGCAUCACAAGUAUGUUCGGAAAGAGGUUAUAAAGCAGCUUAAAGACAACCGUUCUUUGUAUGAAGGCUAUGUCCCCAUGAAGUACAAACACUAUUACAAGAAAAUGGCAAAAUCUGGUGUAUGGGGAGACCAUCUUACCCUACAAGCAGCUGCUGAUAAGUUUGUGGUGAAGAUAUGUCUCCUAACUUCAUUCAGAGAUACCUGCUUUAUUGAAAUUAUGCCCCUGAACCAGGCUCCUUGGCAAGAGUUGUGGUUAAGUUUCUGGGAAAUACAUUACAAUUCACUAUAUGAAAUACGAGAUGCUCCCAUUCAGUGUAAGCCUAGGAGGAAAUACUGGUUGUUCUAGGGCUCGGGAUUGAUUCUGUCCAUGUUACAUUUGGAGGUUGUGCAUACACACUCUGUAUAGUACCGCACCUUCUUUUUUUUUUAAUGUAUGUAGUUCAUCCUGUAAUUUGACCAUAUCUUUUCUCUGUAUAAAUCUGUUUGUUUUCUUGUUCAGGCCGUG